AAAAAAAAACCAAAAAAUGUCUUUAGUUGUGCUAAUGGCAAAAAGCCCACGCCGAUGACACCGAACCAUCGACCACAAAAACCCCUCCAUAAAAUCUCAAAACUCCCAUCGGAAAACACGCAAAGCUCUCUGCUCUCCCUUAUCCGCUCCGACGUCGUUUCACCCGCGUUGCGUUGCCCUACGCACCCAAACAGCAACUCUCCUCUCCAAAUGCCUCUCCCCUGAGCUUCUCUCUCUCAGUUCCUUCAAUUCCCAAAAAUGGCGCUAAAACUACCCAUUCCAUUCCCCAUUUUCGCGCCACACCUGAACCCCUCUCCGCCCCAGUACCACCGCCUUCCGACCGAGCUCCGCUUCUCCCGCUGGAACAACGCCAACGCUGAAAAGUUCAACGAGCGCCGCCGAACCUUACAGCAAAUCGAGGACGACAUCCGCCGACAGCGCCGCUUCGAUUCCGCCACCAGAAUUUCCGACAUCCCCGACUCCGCCAGUCCCUCCACCGCCGGCUCCGCCACCGGCGAGUUCUUCAAGUCCAUCGGCACACCUUCUUCCCCUUCCAGGCCCUCAAUUCCCGGUAAGAAAUCUAAGUACUCCAAAAACCCUAACCCCAGCUUCGAUUCGCGCUCUCAUCCGGCUUUUCGCCCUUUGCGCCGGGUCCGAAAAAUCGCGGUGAAGGAACUCUCUGGUCUUCCGAAGGAUAAGCGCGAUGUAGAGCGGAAGGCCGACGUUCGCGUGGGUGAGGACGGGGUUUCCUACGUGAUCGAUGGAGCUCCCUUCGAGUUUAAGUACAGCUACACGGAGACGCCGAAGGCGCAGCCGGUUAAGCUCCGGGAGGCGCCGUACGCGCCGUUUGGGCCGACGACAAUGCCGAGGCCGUGGACCGGGCGGGCGCCGUUGCCGCCGAGCAAGAAGAAGCUGAAGGAGUUCGAUUCGUUUCGGCUUUCGCCGCCGCAUAAGAAGGGCGUCAAGCCGGUGCAGGCGCCGGGGCCGUUCUUGCCGGGCUCGGGGCCGAAGUACGUGAUGUCAAGAGAGGAGAUUUUGGGGGAGCCCUUGACGGAGGAGGAGAUUAAGGAUUUGAUUGAAGGAUGUAGAAAAACCAAGAGGCAAAUGAACAUGGGUAGAGAUGGUUUGACGCAUAACAUGUUGGAUAAUAUACAUGCUCAUUGGAAGCGGCGGAGAGUUUGUAAGAUCAAAUGCAAAGGAGUGUGUACAGUCGACAUGGACAACGUUAAAGAGCAGUUAGAGGAAAGAACUGGAGGAAAGAUUAUAUAUGGUAAAGGGGGUGUCAUAUUUCUUUUCCGAGGAAGAAACUAUAACUAUAGAACUCGGCCACGCUUUCCUCUCAUGCUUUGGAAACCCGUUACACCUGUAUAUCCUAGGCUGGUUAAACGGGUCCCUGAGGGUCUGACACUUGAAGAAGCAAAGGAAAUGCGCAAGAAGGGGCAUAAACUAAUGCCAAUAUGCAAGCUAGGGAAAAAUGGAGUAUACCAUAACCUGGUAAAACAUGUCAGAGAAGCAUUUGAAGAGUGUGAACUAGUACGAAUUAAUUGUCAGGGGAUGAAUGGGAGUGACUACCGGAAAAUAGGUGCUAAACUCAAGGAUCUAGUCCCUUGUGUGCUAUUAUCAUUUGCAUUUGAGCACAUACUUAUAUGGAGAGGAUGUGAUUGGAAGUCUUCCCUUCCAAAACUAGUAAAGGAUCGCGAUGAAGCUAAGGAAUCUGAUGUUCAGAUUGUAACUUCUGUUGCACCAUCUGUGGAAGGAGAAGAAGUUGCAAUGUCGACUGGCUCAGUUAAUGAUGCAAGUCUUGAACUGAUCAGUACAACAAGCACAUUGAACAGAAGCCAUGAAGUUAUUGGCACAGAGGGAAGAGAGGAUUCAUCUUCUGUGGAAUAUGUUGAGCCGUGUUCUACAACCGGUGAUGUUUCAAACGAAAUAAAGACAUUUGCAACUGAAAAGAUAUCAGAUGUACAAAUCCCUGUAGAUGAUAGGUUAGGAGAUACAAGUAAUACCUCUUAUAAUGGAACUACCUCCGAAAAUUCUGGCUCCAAUGGAACCAGAUCGGAUAGUAUAGAAUGUGACGGACUAUCAACAGCGAUGUUGGGAUUGGAUACCAUCAUACCCAAAGUCGCUGACGGAAAUGCUGAAAUGAAGUCAGCUCUUUUUGAGGCAGAUUCUUUAGCAAAUGAGAAGGAGCAAGUUCCUUCAGAAGUUCUGCAAGAUGUCAACCAGCCAACAAGGUUAAAUGCACCUUGUACAGAGGGAGUACUCUCUCUCUUACAGCAAGCCGUUGUGGGUGGGCUUGCAAUUAUUUUAGAUGAGGACAAUUUGGAUUCGGAUGUUGUUUAUCAAAGGACGGUUGCCUUUUCUCAGUCCGCUCCACCCGGGCCUGUUUUUAAGGGUAGGCCUAGGAAAAUGCUGCCUAAGAAAGUAAUGGUUAAAAAUUCUGAGGUUCUGGAGAAUGAGAAGCAAGAUACCGAGGACUUCGCACCGAAAGAGAUACGAACAAUAUAUGUGAAAGAAGGAAGCGGGAAAAAGGCUUCUAAAGCUCGUAGGAGAAAAGAUUUUGGUGAAAAUCUAGAUAAUGUUGUUGUACCCCAGGGAAGCCUAAGAGUAGAUGAACUAGCCAAGCUAUUAGCAUGAUGUAUACUAUUUUCAGAAAUGUACUUAUUAUUUACAUUCA